GCGCUGCUGACUGUUACAGCAAGUGGGGCACACUCUGUACUUCCACUCAUUCUCUUUCUUUUCAACUUGCUUAAAACUCGAACGUAGUAAUACUCCACCUUCUCCACUCUUUUUUCUUUCUCGCUUGUCUCCCCAUUUUUUUGAACCCCCCCUUUUAUUCUCUCUCUUCACACCUGCAAAUGACGGCACUAAAUGGAGAUGUUCCUUCCGUACCUGUAUCAACGUCGUCAGCAACAACCGUUUCCAUGACAGCCAAUAGUGCAAUAGACUCUCCGAACCCUUCACCAACGACGACAGCUAUUAGCAAUACCACCACUACCAACACUACUACUGCUGCUGCCAUGUCGAAUGUUGUACCUCCUGCAGCAUUGACUUCCAGUGCAGAAGAACGAAAGCACCCGACAACAGCACUCCUUGACUCUGGCCCUGUGCAAGCUUAUGCAAAGCUGGAAGGGGAAGAUUUCUGCUACUACAUUCGCACACUUCAAGUGACACUAGGUCGAAAAGUCACGAAACCAGACAAUGUCGACAUUGCACUUGGCACCAUGAAAUCCGUGUCACGCCACCACGCAAGGCUCUUUUACAAUUUCACCACACAACGGUUUGAGUUUAUGGUGUUUGGCAAAAACGGUGCCUUUGUGAACGAACAGUUUAUUGAAAAGGGCGUAACUGUGGCUCUAGAAAAUCGAACAAAAAUCCAAAUCGGCGAUGUUUCCUUUGUGUUUUUGCUACCACGGAUGGAUCCGGAAGAGGCUUCUUCAAGAAAUGAACCAACGGCUUGUGUGUGUAAACCACAUCAGCUUCAACGGCCAGCUUCUCGAUCGACACAGGAACGAGAGUCAACACAUGAUACUGCUGAAUCCUCGGCUCAAGAAGGACUAGACGCAAAUGAAGUGUUUGAUGAAGAUACAAAGCCACCAUACUCGUACGCCACUUUGAUUGCCCAGGCGAUCAACUCGACAGAAGACAAGCGAAUGACACUAAGUGGCAUUUACUUGCAUAUCCAUGAACGAUAUCCGUACUUUAAGAUGGAAAAUACUGGCUGGCAGAAUUCGAUCCGUCACAAUUUAUCACUUAAUAAAGCGUUCGUCCGAGUGCCUCGACGAGGAACCGAGCAUGGGAAGGGAUCCUACUGGACAAUCGACCCGGAAGCAGAGAGCCAGUUUCCGAAUGGGAUUUACAAACCAAGUAAGCGGCUCAUAUCAAGGAGCGCUACCAACUGCUGCUCUGCAAACGAGAAUUCAGAUGCAGCACGAAAACGUCCACGGAAAGAUGAUCCGGAAGAGGAUACCUCAAAACGGGAUGAAGUCCAAAGCGCAGCAGCAUCCGCAGCACCGCUGUCGACAAUACCAGCAGCAUCGGCAGCAGUUGAUUCCACUGUCACCGCUGACGUUUCUGUACCAUCUCAACAGCCACAACCAACACCGCAACAGCAAUUACCUGUUACCACAACAGCAGCUGAAAACCCUCAUAACAGGACACCUACCACAUCGCCGAACACGCCUUCACCUAGUAAUGAAUCUUCAACCACCACUGCUGCUACACCGACUACUGUAACAUCAACAAACACGGAUUCGACGCCACAACAACAACAACAACAACAACAACAACAACAACAACAGCAACAACAACAACAACAACAACAGCAACAGCAACAGCAGCAGCAGCAACAACAGAACGUUGCACAAAUUCAAGCACAGCUUCAAAACACCAUCCGCCAACAUCUUCUUGAUCCCGUUAAAUAUCCUCUUCCUCCCAACAUUGCACAACUGCUACCCCAAGCUAUUGCACAAUUGCCGCCACAUCUUGCAAGCCAGCUAACUGCCACUUUACAAGCAGCACUGCGUGCUCACAGCAAUAAUACACAACCUUCAUCUUUAUCAUCUAUAUCAGCAUCAACAGCAUCACAGUCAUCAUCUAAACCAGCAGAACAACAACAGCAAGCGUCGUCAUCAUUAUCAUCAUCCUCAGAGGCUACCCCUGAUACAACCACUACCUUUGUAAACAAAGAUACUCCAGCAGCAGUAUCGUCAUCGACGACAACGCCAAGCGUUCCCGUCAAGACUGAAAGUACAACUGUCAACCCAUCCGCUAACAUUUCCUCAACAAGUCCUUCAUCUUCUUCGCAACCUCAAGCAUCCAAUACAACAACUCCUAUUGCCACCACCACCACUACUACUACUACUGCCACUGAAAAUAAUGCCACUACUAUUACUUCCUCUAUUACUGCUACUACUUCAUCAGAUGCUACCAAUGCAUCGUAACCUGCCAAUUUCUCCUUAUUCUUCACCCCACUCUGACUCAAAAUUGUUACCAUCUUUGUGUGCUUUUACGCCAUAGAAAUAAAAAAAAAAGAUCCAUUGGUUUGAAAUUGGACCACAUAUUCAGAUUGAGCUAUGUCAAAAAAAAAUUGACGCCAUACUACUGUACCGUGCAAAAAUGGAUGAGUGGUGAGAUGAAAGAUUUCCUGCUAUAUUGUCAUUUCAAGCAUGAGAUGGACGGUAAUAUUUUCAUAUUGAAAACAAUAACGUCAAUAGAGAAACUGGAGGUUUAGUGAAUAUGUGAAAUUAUGCUAAAUUUAGCCCGGUGUACUGCUGAAUUUACGCUA